UCCCAUUCACUUCUGUACGGGGAGCGGCUUGGGAGUCCCCGGCAUAGCCAGGCCACCAUGAAAGGGCCUCUGCAGGCUCCUGCUGGGCCGUCUGAGCGGCGGGGGACACAGGAGCCCCCGGAGCACUCUGCACGCAGCCCCCUCUCGCCCCAGUCCCUGCACAGGGAUGAAACCCCAAGUCCACCUGCCUCCUGCAAGAGUGGCGAGGCGCCGUGCCCCCAGGCCGAGGAGCCCGAGGAGCCCGAGGAGCCCGAGGAGAAGGUGGUGGCCAGCCCCACCCUGCCCGUUUCUCCGGAAGGGUAAGGGCCAGUUCUCG